AUGAAAAAAAGUAAAUUCCCUAUGAGGAAAUAUUUCAGCAUAGUCAACCUUUACGAUGUGAUUGGAUGUAACAGCAUUUCUUCUGUUGACAAAUGCAAAAGAAGUAGUAAAAUAAUUUUUAAAAAAUAUUAUAGUAGUAGCUUCAAUAUUUUUGAUAAGAUAAAAGAUGUUAGUGGUAACAAUACAAAUGAGAAUGAAGAGGAUAUAGAUUUAAAAAAAAGAAAACCAUCUAAAAAAGUAUUAAAACUAGUUGAUGAAAUUUUGAAUUUAACUUUAAUAGAAGCAGCAGAUCUUUGUGAUAUUUGUCAAGAAAAGUUAGAGGGCAAUAAAAAUUUUAAUAAUUCUUAUCUUGUUCAUAGAAAUCCAUUUCCACACCCUUCUAAUUUUUUUGGAGCAACACAUUUUCCCCCUUUAAAUAAUAGCCAAAUAAAUAUGAAUAAUAAUAAUAAUAAUAAUAAUAACAACAGUAGUGUCUAUACGGGAAGUAACAGUGAACAUAUGAAUAUGGAUACUACAAAACUGGAAAAAGAUCCAACAGGAGGGACAAAAAAAGAAGAAAAAAAAAAGACAAAAAGCACAUUCAACAUUAAGCUUGAGCAGUUCGAUGUUAAAAAUAAGAUUAACACAAUUAAAGAGAUACGAAAAAUUACCAACGUCGGAUUGAAGGAAGCGAAGGACAUGGUUGAAAGCGCCCCCUUCUACAUCCAGAAGAGUGAGUUACCAUUGCGUUGUUCAGCUUAUCAUCGUUCUGCAUCGCUUUGCUUCAUAUCAUUCUGCUUUGCUUUUCAUCAAAAAGCAGAGGAAAUGAAAAAGAGGUUUGAAGAAUUGGGUGCAACAAUUAUUUUAGAUUAA